UCCCCUUCCUUCAAUCAGAGGUUCUCUCCCUCUCUUCCACCAUCUCUCUCUCUCAAAAAUGGAUCCAUCUCCCCUUCCAAUAGCCUUGGCCGCCCUGGCCGUCGUCAUCUCCGUUCUCCUCUACCUGCGGUUCAGACACCGGCUCCCACCCGGUCCGCGGCCCUGGCCGGUGGUCGGCAACCUCUACGACAUCAAACCGGUCCGAUUCAGGUGCUUCGCCGAGUGGGCCCAGACCUACGGACCGAUCAUGUCGGUCUGGUUCGGCACGACCCUCAACGUGGUGGUGUCGAGCUCGGAGCUGGCCAAGGAGGUGCUCAAGGAGCACGAUCCGCAGCUGGCUGACCGGCCCAGGAGCCGGUCUGCGGCCCGGUUCAGCCGGGACGGGAAGGACCUCAUCUGGGCCGACUACGGCCCUCACUAUGUGAAGGUCCGCAAGGUGUGCAACCUCGAGCUCUUCUCUCCCCGCCGGCUCGAGGCUCUCCGGCCGGUCCGGGAGGACGAAGUCACCGCCAUGGUUGAGUCCAUCUUCCGGGACUGCACCCGGAUAGACAAGGUUGGGAAGAGCUCGGUGGUGAGGGAUCACCUUGCACCUGUCGCGUUCAACAACAUAACAAGGCUUGCAUUUGGGAAGCGAUUUGUGAGCUCAGAAGGUCUGACCGAUGAGCAAGGGAAGGAGUUCAAGGCGAUUGUGGCCAAUGGCUUAAAAUUUGGUGCAUCACUCUCCCUUGCAGAAUUUGUAUGGUGGCUAAGAUGGAUGUUCCCCAUUGAUGAAGAUGCCUACUCCAAGCACAAUGCUCGAAGGGAUCGGCUUACCAAAAUCAUCAUGGAAGAACACACAAGAGCUCGCAACAAGAGCGGCGCAAAGCAACACUUUGUCGAUGCUCUGCUCACCUUGAAGGAUCAAUAUGACCUCAGUGAGGACACCAUUAUUGGACUUCUUUGGGAUAUGAUAACAGCGGGAAUGGACACAACUGUUAUUACAGUAGAAUGGGCCAUGGCUGAGCUGGUGAGGAAUCCAAAAGUGCAAGAGAAAGUUCAGGAGGAAUUAGACCGUGUCAUCGGAUAUGAACGCAUCAUGAGUGAAGCUGACUUCCAGAACCUCCCCUACCUGCAAUGCGUGGUGAAGGAAUCCCUCCGGCUACACCCCCCAACCCCUCUCAUGCUCCCCCACAAGGCCACUGCCAAUGUCAAGAUCGGUGGGUAUGAUAUCCCCAAGGGAUCCAACGUGCAUGUCAACGUUUGGGCCAUCGCUCGGGAUCCACAGAUUUGGAAAAAUCCGCUGGAAUACCGGCCGGAGAGGUUCGCCGAGGAGAAUAUCGACAUAAAAGGUAAUGACUUCAGAGUGCUGCCAUUUGGUGCUGGUCGGCGGGUGUGCCCAGGGGCUCAGCUAGGCAUUAACUUGGUUGCUUCCAUGCUUGGGCACCUCUUGCACCACUUCAAGUGGACACUGCCUGAUGGAGUCAAGCCAGAGGAUGUCGACAUGUCGGAGAACCCCGGGAUGGUCACCUUCAUGCAUACUCCAUUGCAGGCCAUCGCCACGCCGAGGCUGCCAACCCAUUUGUACAAGCGUGUCCCUGUUGACAUGUAAUUGUGCACUUACUGUUCUUUACCGGUUUAAUGUAUGGCAUUUUAUUAUGAUGCUUGUAUUGUUUCACACAGUCGAGUAUAUUCCGAACUUUGAUUUUAUAAUGGAGAGGAGCAACUGCCAAGAGGAAGUAGAAGGGAGGUGAGAUUUUGUCUUUUGUAUCUGAAAGUUUCUAUCCUGUCUAGAUGUUAAUAAAUGUUAGAGAAUGCAAUUUGAAGUGAUGGCUACC